UAUAGCCUUUGUGAUUCAACCGACUCAUUUCCAUUUCUAAUCAUAAAAACAGAGUAGGAGCAUCUAACAAAAAUCCAGACAAAGAAUUUACCCAAAAACACAAAAUCCAAAUCAACUCAAGAACACCAUGAAACUCAGACUCAGAUCUUUCGAAUCCAAAGAAACCCUAAAAAUCGAAGUUCCCGAUCCAUGUUCUCUUCAACAACUCAAAUCCACAAUUUCCACCAUCCUCUCUUCUCCUUCCUCUUCCUCUCUUCAUCUUUCCCUCAAUCGAAAAGACGAAAUCAACCCUCCCUCUCCCACCGAUUCCCUCCACUCACUCGGCAUCGCCACCGGCGACCUCAUCUUCUACACUUUCAACCCCACCGCCUUCUCCUCUCAAACCCUUCCCCACAAACCCGCCCCACAACAACAAUCCCCUCCAAUUCCCUUGGAAAAGCCCGCAGAAGUGCAAACCCUAGAAAUGGUGGAUGCGUCCGAUGAACCCGCGGAGUUGGUGGAGAAGAACAAUUCCGAACCUGAUUUCGUGAAAACGAUUCUUAAAGAAGCGCAUGGCGAUGAUGUUAGCGAUUUCAAGCUAUUGGUGUUUGCAGUUCAUGCUUUUAUUCUCGAAUCUGGGUUUGUUCGCGUUGAUGGAGUUUCGAGUAAGGGUAAGGGGAAGGAGAUUGGUGACGUGUCUUCUUCUUCUUCAAUGAUAUCUUUGAGGUAUACACUUCCUGAAAUUGUGUCCAAAGGUUUAUCUCAUGCUGUGAAUUUAAAAAUUCAAACUUUAGGUAAUUUUGUGAAUGUUUAUGGAUCUUUGUUGGAUGACGUUGGUGCUAGGGUUCAUAGGGUUUAUUUAGAUAAAUUUAGGUUUGCUAAACCUUUAAAAUUGAUGCUAGCAAAUUCUGAACCUAAUGGUAGUGCUAGUGUUGGUGUUAGUGUUGAUGUUAAUGAUGGUGGUGACGAUGAAGCUUUUGAAUUGUGGAAGAUAGUGAAAGAUAAGCUUGCAUUGCCACUUUUGAUUGAUCUUUGUGAUAAAGCUGGAUUGGAGCUUCCGCCUUGUUUUAUGCGACUUCCCAUGGAGCUUAAGCUUUUGAUAUUUGAGUAUCUUUCGGGUGAUGAUUUGGCUAAAGUGUGUUGCACUUGUUCGGAGAUGUCGUACCUUGCGUCGAAUGAUGAGUUAUGGAGGAAAAAGUUUGAAGAGGAGUUUGGAGAUAGGAUGAAUGGUAUGAAGUUUUUUAAGAACUUGUUUGCGCAUUAUCGGGCAAUGAAGAAGAAAUCAGAACAACCGCCACUACCUUUUCGAAAUCCUCGGUAUGGUAUUAUGAGAUACUUUCAAAGGAGAAGAGGUCCUCAUCCUUUUGGAGUGCCUCCAAUUUGGGGUGGGGAGUAUGAUCUGCAGCCAAAUUUUGGUCUGAAUCUUCCCCCUACAUACACACCGAGGCGAACUUUCUUUCCUCCAUGUCAUCUGGGAGAAUUUUAAAGAAUAAUCCAAUGAGUCGAAGUGCAGGACUAUAUCCUUGUACCGAAACAACUUUGCUAGAGUGAAUACAUGAUAAAUAGCUGGUUGUGAAGGAUGUAAUAAGAUUUAUAAGAUGUUAUUCCUUUUGAUUAUAUAUUUUGAAUAGAAUCCAUGUAUGUAUGGUGUUAGGAUUUCUCAAUGUGUUUGGUUCCAAUGUUUAGGUUAAAACCAAUUUCUGUUCAGCAUAAGAGCAUGUAAAUGAUGAUGUUUUAGAACAAUUUUUACCUAUAAUGCAAAUGGAACCAUAUGUUUUUGCUGUUUUGAUAA